UCAAUGACCCAGCUUCCUGGGAGCUGCAGAAAAAUCCGUAUUUUCCGGACCCUUGGAGAUGUGACGGAACCUGGCUGAUGGACACAUGCCUGGUGUUGUGACCUAGAGCCCCCCACCUUCUCUCCUGCUCACUGAGUCCUGGGCCCAGACUCCAGCAGGGAACCUGGGCAGCUCACUGGAGCCUGUGAGCUCCAGGGGGCCCCACAGUGACCUGGCUGCCCAUUUGACUGUAGCAUGGGCUGUAACACUUCCUCUGCAAACUCAGCCUGGCUCCCUUCCUCUCUUCCCUCUCAUUCCAUCUGUGCACAGCCCUGCCAGCUCUCCUCUCAGGACAUUUGCAUCAUGCGGCAGCAGGUGGGCUCUUGGGGACGGCUUCACUGAGCCAUGGUCUGCUCGGCUGCGCCUGUGCUGCUCCUGGCCAUGACUCUCGCUCUGGUGGAGCCACCAGCUGCCCGAGCAUCCCAGCCUGGACAGAGUCAGGCUCGAGGGGGAUCAGGGCCACAGCUGGACCCCGAAAGUGGAGCAGGUGAACUGCUCCUGGUCACCGUCUACGUACAGCUGGACUUCUCUGAUGCGCCCUGGCGGGCUGCACUCUCCCAGCCCCUGACUGUCCCAGCUGCCUCGGUUUCCUCAGCCCCAGUGACUCUCGCUGGCCUCAACCUCACAACAGAGUGCAAUGUUACCCAUGAUGGGUGCAGCUACUGUGCUUGCCUCUCUGGGUACCAGUGGAACGCCAGCAUCUGCAACCAUCACCAACCCUGUCACACCCCCAUCAAGCACCGGCCGUGUGGCUGUCUUGUUCUGAGCCCUACUGAAGCCGGGUACUGCCAGCUGUUGCCACCUGGUGAGGAGGGGUCCUGUCUCCUGCCUCCUGCAGUCCCCGCGACCCUGAGCCUUGACUCCUGGCUGCAGAUGCCUGGCGACACCCUGAACCUGACCCUCCUCACGAACCAGGAGACCACCAACCUGAACUGGUUCCUGUGGCCCACAGGAAGCCCCAGCCCCAUCCUUCUGCGGGCAGGGACCUGUGUGUCCUUGACCUCCAGCCGGGGCCGGACUGUCCUCAGCAUCAUCAACAUCUCCCAUAGAUGGGCAGGUGAGUACAUAUGCCACUUCGAGGCCCAGGGAUUCAGGUGGGAGCUGCACCAGGUGGUGAGGGUGCCCCUGCAGGCAACAGAUGUGACUGGACUCCCAGACCAGCUCUCCGUCUCCUGUGCCACCUCCCCCGGCUUCCAGCUGAGCUGCUGCAUCCCCAGCGCACAUCUGGGCUACACGGCUUCCUGGAGCCCCAGAGAGGGUAGCCAAGCCUCCGUGUUCAACGCGCCGGACUCCCAGUGCUUCACGCUGGCUGUUGAGCACUGCCCUGCAGCCAACACCACGUACGCUUGUGAGCUGCAGAGCCCCGGUCUGAGCCCCCUCAGGGUCGCCGUCUCUGUCACCAUCAUCCGGGAUGGAGACACCACCUGCCCUGAGGACUCUUCAACUGUCUCCUGGAACGUCACCAAGGCUGGCCACGUGGUACAGGCCCAGUGUCCCGGGAACAGGACGGGCACGGUGAAGAGGCCCUGUGGGCCUGAUGGGGUCUGGGGACCCAUCCACAGCAGCUGCACAGACUCGGGGCUCCUGGCUCUGCUCCUCAGAGCCCAGCUGCUGCAGGCAGGCCAGGGCUGGCCUGAGGAAGAGGUGUCACAGAUCUUGGCUCAGCUGCAGGAGCAGGUAGUGGCAGUGACCUCCCCCUCCGACUUACUGGCCCUGGUGGGCACCAUGACAGUCCUGGCCAAGGUGGUGGCAGACACCGGAACACAGCUCAACUGCAGCGCCCUGGAGGCUGUCCUGAAAAUCACAGACAAGGUCCUUGGCAUGAACUCCAGCUCUCUGUGGACCCCAGCCCAGAGGCAGAUGCCCUCGGUGGGCUCCAGUCUCCUGCUGGCGGUGGAGACCCUGGCACGCAGCCUGUGCCCACAGGACCAGCCUUUCUCCUUCGUCUUGCCCAACGUGCAGCUGCAGAGCCAGCUCCUCGAGCCCACAUUUCCAGCUAACUACAGAGCCUCCUUCCCUACUCAGCCUCCACUGCGGGCAUGGAUUCCCAGGCACUCACUGGCACCCCUGCGCUAUAACGGAACCAACGUCAGCAUUACUAGCCUGGUGCUGCAGAAACUGGACCACCUUCUGCCCUCAAACUACGGGCAAGGGCUGGGGGGCUCCCUCUAUGCCACUCCUGGUCUGGUCCUCGCCAUCUCCAUCAUGGCAGGUGGCCAGGUCUUUAAGCAGGUAGAGGUCACCAUGGACUUUGGGGACACAGAUGGCAGUCCCCACUGUGUCUUCUGGGACCACGAUCUCUUCCAGGGCAAGGGAGGCUGGUCAGAUGCAGGGUGCCAGGUGCAGGCAGCCAGUGCCAGCCCCACCACUCAGUGUAUCUGCCGGCACCUCACUGCCUUCUCCAUCCUCAUGUCGGGACACACGGUUCCAAACCACCCCACCCUGGAGCUGCUGAGUCAGGUGGGGCUGGGAGCCUCCAUUCUAGCCUUGCUCAUGUGCCUGGGCGUGUACAGGCUGGUGUGGAGGUUUGUGGUGCAGAACAAGGUCGCCUACUUACGCCACUCGGCCCUGCUCAACAUGGUCCUCUGCCUGCUGGCCGCAAACACCUGCUUCCUAGGAGCUCCACUCCUCCCUCCGGGGCCCCACAGCCCGCUCUGCCUGGCUGCUGCCUUCCUCUGUCACUUUCUCUACCUGGCCACCUUCUUCUGGAUGCUGGCUCAGGCCCUGUUGUUGGCCCACCAGCUUCUCUUUGUCUUCCAUCAGCUGUCCAAGCUCCGAGUACUCUCCCUGAUGGUGCUCCUUGGCUACCUGUGCCCGAUGGGUUUAGCAGGUAUCACCCUAGGACUCUACUUACCCCGAGGGCAAUACCUGAGGGAGGGGGCAUGCUGGCUGGACAAGAAGGGAGGAGCACUCUACACCUUCGUGGGUCCAGUGCUGGCCAUCGUGGGCGUGAAUGGGCUGGUACUCACCAUGGCUGUGCUGAAGCUGCUGAGACCCUCGCUGUCAGAGGGACCCCAGGUGGAGAAGCGCCAAGCCCUCCUGGGGGUGAUCAAAGCUCUGCUCGUUCUUACACCUAUCUUCGGCCUCACCUGGGGGCUGGGGCUGGCCACUCUGCUGCAGGAAGUCUCCUUAGUCCCUCACUACCUCUUCACAGUUCUCAACGCCUCCCAGGGUGUCUUCAUCUUACUGUUUGGUUGCCUCAUGGACAAGAAGGUCCAAGAGGCUUUACGCAAACGCUUCUGCGGCAGCCAACCCCCCAGAUCCACCAACUCCUUGGCCACAAGUGAAACCUACAUCUCAGAACACAGCAAAGGAAGAAGUAAAGAUGCCAGGUGAAAAUGAAGCAUUUUUAGGGGCAGCGUGCAGGCUGAGUGUGAGGCUGUGUGAGGCUGAGUGCGUAAAGGGCUUUCCAGCAAAGCUUUAAAAGGAAAACUCCUCUUCGUAUACAUGUCCCAGCCCAAUGGUGGAAAACAGACUUCUUCAAGUGGAUGUUUCUAGAUAGGCUGAAGAAGGUAGAGGCCUCAGAUGUGGAUAGCAUUUCCUGUUGCUUUCCCAGAAACAUGGAGGAGGUGUCACCACUACCAACCCUUGACUAAGUUUGCUCUGAAAAUUCCUUUUCACGCUAUCAAAAUUUUAAUCAUCCUGAAAAACCAUUGUUUUGAAGGAACUACUGUUGGUGGGCCUGGAGUGCAGAGGAGAGGGGGGGCCUGCAGAGGCUUCAGGGAGCACUCCUUGGUGGGGAAGACAGAAACUCUGAGUGACCCACAGGCAGAGAUGGUGUUCCUUCAAGGAGGCCGAGGGUGCGUCCUUGAAUCCAGGGAUGGGUCUUGGCCAACGACCUGAACCCUAUCCCCCUCCCAGAGCUUAGCCUGUGGGAAAGGUAGUCCUCUGUUUCCCAUUAGUCACACUCAUUUCUCUUGUAGUCAUCUGUCCGCACCCCUAAAUUAUCCCAGCAAGAAAAGCAUGAAAAACUAGCUGAAGCUACCUAAUGAAUAAGCCUGCCUUUGCUGUAAAAAUGAUCACCAAAGUUCAAAGUAAUUACAAGCAAAACUAUCUCAACCAGGUUUUUAACUAAUCAACAGUUUAUGUUACAUAUUUGAUAAAAAUGGUUUUAUUUGAACUAUUCAGUGAUUUCUUGUCUAAUUAUUUCCCUCCCUAUAGUUACAAAGAAAGGAUGGCUUAAUUGAAAGGAAUGCUGAUCUUCCAAACAUUGGAGGCAAAGGACAGAAUUUGGUUUGUUUCUUUUCAAAAUAUAGGAAAAAGGGAAGUUAAUAGGUCUCUCUUUCUUUAAGCUUUAUAAAACACAUUAGUAUAAUAUGUAAGUUUCAUAGACAUAUGUAUGUAUAUAAAAAGUCAUUUACAGAAGCACAUUCAUAAGCAGGAGGUAUAAAAUUUAAAAGUAGAGAGAAAGGUAACACAGACUGCCAAGAAUUAAGGAGAAAAGAUGACAAACACUGACAUUUUAAAAAUGA